AUGAAUGGGUAUGAGCCUAAAGGUCUCGAUGAGGACGCCUUUGGGGACAAGGGUACACAGUCUGGACUGAAGACCUUUGAUGCCUUCCCCAAGACCAAAGCGUCAUACACGACACCGACCACACGCGGUGGGCAAUGGACGGUGCUGAUCCUUGCAAUUUGUACACUCCUCAGCUUUAACGAGCUGCGAACAUGGUGGCGUGGCACGGAGCAACACCAAUUCAGUGUCGAGCGGGGCGUUUCUCAUGAGCUCCAGCUGAAUCUGGAUAUGGUCAUCCAUAUGCCUUGCGACACCCUCCGUGUCAACAUUCAAGACGCUGCAGGUGAUCGCAUCCUUGCCGGUGACCUCCUCCAGCGCGAAGAAACGUCCUGGAAGUUGUGGAUGGACAAGCGCAAUCACGGCUCGCAUGAGUAUCAGACUCUAAAUCAUGAGGAGGCCGAUCGACUCAGCGCGCAGGAAGCAGACGCACAUGCACACCAUGUCAUUGGCGAAGUCCGACGCAAUCCUCGGCGGAAAUUCCCCAAGGGUCCCCGGAUGCGCUGGGGUGAGAAGGCGGAUGCUUGCCGGAUAUAUGGAAGCUUGGAAGGAAACAAGGUACAGGGUGACUUUCACAUCACCGCGCGUGGACAUGGAUAUCGUGAAUUGGGCGAACAUCUGUCGCAUGAAGUUUUUCGGACGCCAGUUUUCAAUUUCUCCCACAUGAUCACCGAGCUAUCUUUCGGACCACACUAUCCUAACUUGAUGAAUCCACUCGACAAGACCAUUGCCGAGACCGAGAACCACUAUCAGAAAUUCCAGUACUUCCUCUCCGUCGUGCCAACGCUUUAUACAAAGGGUAGAUCUGCCUUUGACGCCUAUACACGCGAUCCAUCCUCGCUCGCCGUUCGAAAGAAUCGCAAUGCCAUCUUCACCAAUCAAUACGCGGCGACCAGCCAGUCUACACCUAUCCCGGAAACCCCAUACUUGAUCCCGGGCAUCUUCUUCAAAUACAACAUCGAGCCGAUCAUGCUGCUAGUCAGCGAAGAGCGGACCGGAUUCUUGACCCUUUUGAUUCGAGUCAUCAAUACCAUUUCUGGUGUGCUGGUCACUGGUGGCUGGGUCUAUCAGAUCUCGGGCUGGGUGGGCGAGUUCAUGGGGAAGAGACGCAGACAGAGUGAGGGAGUUUUGACUGGAAAGCAUUUCUCGGAUUGA